AUGGCCUCAAACCACGUACUCAUCGUCGGCGCCGGCGUCUUAGGACUCAGCUGUGCCAUUCAACUCUCUCGCUCCAGUGUACACGACAAAGUCACCGUCAUCGCACGCGACCUGCCCGGGGACACUUCCAUCGACUACGCCUCUCCCUGGGCGGGUGCGCACUUCCGUCCAUCCCCCGCCAAAACCGCCACGGACCAAUUCGAGCAGCAACUCAUGCGCGAGACAUACACAGAACUCGAGCAUCUUGCAGAAGCACAUCCCGAAGCGGGUGUGCGAUUCGUCCCGGCAAUUGAAUACUUUGACUCGGCAGAUGAAAACAUCGUUCUAGCAAAGGAGAAUGGGUACAUUGAUUGGCCUGAUUUUCGACUGCUCCGUUCAGACGAGUACCCUGCCAAUGCGGGCGGUCAUGAUGCUGGAGAGCAGUCGCCAAUUCGAUUGGGGGUGAGUUACCGAGGCUGGAUCUUGAAUUCGCCUCUUUAUCUGGAGUGGUGUCGUCGGGUGGCUGAGAGGCAAGGGGUGGUGUUUAUACGGGCGAGCGUGACGUCGAUGGCCGAUGCGGUGUCUGUGUUUCGGAGGGAGAGCCGAGCGGAUGAGAAGGAGCAGGUUGUUCGUGCAGUGAUCAACGCGACGGGUCGCGGCAUUGAUGAUCCAGACUCGUUUCCGUCGCGGGGACAGUUCAUCAUCGUGUCGAAUCCGUGUGAUCGGACGAUCAGCCAUCACUGGGCGGAUGGCUCGUCGACGGUCAUUGUGCCUCGGCCUCUGGGAGGAGGAACCGUCAUUGGCGGUACGAAAGAGCCGGGCAAUUGGUCCGAAGAUAUUUCGGAUGAGGCAACCGAAGCGAUCCUGAAAAGAGUUGCAGCCAUCUGUCCUGAAAUGGUGGAUGGCCAAACCGCCGCGGCAACGGCCAAGACUCAUGGAUUCCACAUUCGACAGGUGUAUGUUGCUCGUCGGCCGAUGCGACGCGGUGGGUUGCGUCUGGAAAAGGAGAUCAUGGAGGGAGGGACACCUCUGAUUCAUUGUUAUGGGGCGGGCGCCAGUGGGUUCAAGGUUAGUUGGGGCGUGGCCAAGCAUGUCGAAGCCUUGGUCAGGGAGAUACGACUGGCCUCGCAAUAG